AUGGCUUUCAACAAGUUUGCGUUCGGGGCCAUCGCCAUGAUCAUCAUCGCCACGAUCUACAAUAUUGCCGCCUUCAUCCUUCCCAUGUGGAGCUCGAACAAGACGGUGAACUCGGCACUCGCCUCGGAGGUGUCAAACACCAACUUCAAGGCUGGUCUCUUGGGUUUCUGCGUCGACAGCGAGAUGACCAACGGCACGACGUUCGACCACUGCUUCUACUACAAGUUCGGGUCCUCGUACGACGACCUGUCGGUGCUGAAUGCCGACGUGUGGUCCAAGUACUCGUCCGAUGGUAUCUGUAAGGGAUACGGCAACGCGGGCGACGUGAGUGACGCGGAGCAGCUGGCAUACUCCUCUAUCUUGGCCACAGCCGCUGGCAUGGACGCGGAGCAGUUCGACAAGUUCCUGGACAAGUCGUGCGGUCUUGUGGGCACGGCCACGAUGACGUUCGGCGGGUAA